AGUAGGCUAAGUCACAAUCUCUAGGAGCAGGCGUCUGGCUUCCUAGUGGAAAUACUUUUAUUAGCAUUUGCCUAUAUUCUGUGGAAAAGAAUAAAAGAAAAACACCCAAAAUUUCAAACAUUUACCAAAAUGAGAAAUGAGGUAGAUAGUGAUUCUGAAUCAGAAAAAGAGAAUGAUGCCUCGACCAUGAGAAGAAAGCCUGGAAGUACCCUUGAUGUUCCAGUGGUCUCUUACCUUGAAAUCCCACUCUCAGUACAGACAGUCAUCUCUAGGAUUGAAAAAGCACAGCUCAUACGAGCCAAAGAGGAAAUUAAUAUGCAGCUGACUGACAUACUGAACAAUGUGCAACGGAUAAUAACCCGAUAUACUCCUGAUGAUCUUACCUCACUAACUGAAAGGAGGAAGUCUCUCAUAGAAUAUAAGAGAAAAAGAAGAACCGAAGUUUUGGAGAAAGUGUCUUCUUAUUCUAAGGGUAUUGAAGUUAGAGAAAAAACCCUUACCCACAUUCUGGCCUGGUUGGAAGAAUGGACCCAAAUUCCUAUGGUUAUCCUUGGGAGAAAUGCAAUUUCAUUGUUUUGUGUUGUAUUUAUUCUUCCAGAAUCUAGAAGUACUCUGUGGAAAUCUUGGAAAGACAGAGUUGUAAAACGACCUGCUACAGCCCAUGCCUUAAAACCAGAUCAGAUGAUUAGCGAUCAAUUUGCAACAAAUACGAAGGUUUUAGAAAUUCAAGAUAUGCUACAGGAACUCAUAGGCACAACAAUGUUCAAUAAAUUGGAAAACAGUGCUAUUAAAUAUAUAUCAUCAACAAUAGUCAACCUUUCUAAAGCCUUGUGUAUACUAAGUGACAAUUUAAAGGCUGCUAUUGACUUCCCAGUUGGCAGUAUAUACGAAAAUGAAACAAGAGAAGCAGAAAAAGAGUGCUCUCAGAAAAUAAUAUACAGUCUCAGUGAACAAAAUGAAAUGCUUCAGCAGAGACUUAAAGAUAUAGAAGAAAAAUUUGAACAACUUAUUAAAUCCAAAGCUAUUAUUGGACAACAACUGUACACAUCACUGUCCACAUCUUCAACCUUAAAAGUAUUAUCUGAACAGUCAUCCAUGACCAAAGCUGAUGACAUAGAGGACACUGUGGACAGUAUUUUAAGCAAAGAAUUUGAAAAUAUUUUAGAUGAAUCCCAAAGAAAAGGAACCAAAGGCACUGGGAAAAAGUGGGAGGCAGCUCUUUCACAUACAGCCCAAGCUGAAGCAACCCCAGAGCUAAGUGAACAGCCUGAUGGAGAUACUACUGGAGAUGAUAUAUCACUGAAGAAAGGUGAUGACCAUCAAAAAGAUGAAACUGACUAUCAUGAAUCACAGAGAAGAAGGUAUUCACAUGAGGCCUCUGAAAUAAAUCUGAUUGAUGGUAAAGGUGAACAGAAAGUCUCAGAGGACAAACUUCGUCAACGAUUUGAGCUAGAAGCACUGGAAAAAAAGAAAAAAGAAAGAAAACCCUUUUCUCAAGGCAAAUCAAAGCCAUCUGUUGAAACAAAAAGUAAACAUUUCUCUUCUACUGAAACAAAUAGCCAAGGUGACAGAAGUGGAACAAGGAGUACAGGGGAACAAUUCAGAAAGGUCAGACCUGAACAAGAACUUGAAAAAGGCCCAAUUUCCUCAGAGAUAAAAUCAUACUCCUCUAGUGAGUCAGUGGGCAAAGAGAUCAAAAGCAAAAUGAGUAGAUCAACAGAGGCAAUCCAGUUUAAGAGUGAUUUCACCUCUGAGCCCCAGAAAGUUGAAAAAAAGGGAAAGAAACACCAAAUCCUUCCAGGACGGACCACAAGCAAAGAAGGAAUAAUAGAAGAGAAAGAACUGUUAUCCUUUAUCAAACAAACCCAGGCUCAACUACUUGUUAAAUCACGCUCAAAGGUCAAGAUGGCUAAAGAGGAUUUAGGAAGUCCAGAUGGCAAAAGCGAACAGGAUAACCUAGAAUUAUUUCAAAAAGCCAUACUGGCUUUCCUAAAAGAGAAAAUUGAUAACAUAGGAAAGUCUUUUCGUACAGAGAGUAUGCUAAAGGAGGAGAAAUUAUUAAAAAAAGAAGAAGUUGAAAAGUUAGGAAUUAUAAAGGCAAAAACAGAGGAAUAUUUCCAAAAAGUGGCUGAAACUGUGACUAAAAUCUUGAGGAAAUACAAAAAUAUAAAAACUAAAGGAGAAGUUGAAGAGAAAUCUUUGAAACAAAAAAAGAUUGUCUCAUUUAUGCCAGAUUUUCAGAAGUCAAAACCUGAAAUUAGCUUAAUUCUUGAAAAUGAGAGCUCAGACCCAAUAAUUAACAAUUUAAUACAAAUGAUAUUGACUGAAUUAGAAAGAGAUGUUCCAACAAUCUUGGAAGGAGAAGACUACAAGGAGAAAGAAAAAAAGAAGCAGAAGGAAUAUUUGCCAGAAGAUCAAGAAAAAAUAUCCAGCAUGCGUGAGCUGCAGAAGCCGAAACAGGAAGAAGAGGUAGGGAAAGAACGAAAAAAACAGAGGACUCAAAAGAGGAUUGAGCAAGAUGGGAAAGAAAAUCAAAGGAAAGGGGACAAAGAAGUGCAGCAGCAAUCCAAACAGCAGCAGUCGGAAGCAUGGAAGAAAACGAUGAAAGAGCGAAUGGUACCCUUGGAGAAGAAGAGUGAAGAGAUGAUGGGGCAGAUUCAAGAUCUGGUAAUUACAGGGCAGAAAGACAAGAAGCAGGGCAGAGGGACAGAAGACUUCAAAAGGCAGAGGCAGUUCAAAGAAAAGGAUAAGACGGAGAAGAAAAAAUCUGUAGAACCAACAGAAAUGGCCAUCCAAAGACCAGUGACAUAUUCCAGAAGGAGGAGAACAUUGAAACAUGAAUCUCAGCUAUAUGAAGAACAAAAGAUCCAAAAGAAUCUUGAGACAGUAGAGAGUCUUCCUGCAGGACAGAGUCCCAUACCAGUCACUCCUCCCACUUCAACACGUUCCUCCCUAACCAGCACCCUUCCUGCUUCUGAAGAGUCUCUCACAGAGUACAUCACUCUCAGUCCUGAGCAAGCACAGGCACUAGGGAUAACUCUCACCCCUGAGCAAGCCCAAGCCCAAGGGAUCACUCUCACCUCUGAGCAGGCACAGGCACUGGGCAUCACUCUGACUCAAGAGCAGGCCCAGAUCCAGGGGAUCAUUCUCACCCCUAAAAGGGCCCAAGCACAAGGGACCACUCUCACCUCUCAGCAGGCCCACACACAGGGGAUCACCCUCACCCCUGACCAGGCCCAGGCACUGGGGAUCACUCUCAGCCCUCAGCAGGCACAGGACAAGGGAAUCACUCUCACCCCUCAGCAGGCCCAGGCCAAGGGGAUCACUCUCACCCCUCAGCAGGCCCAGGAACUGGGGAUCACUCUAAGCCCUCAGCAGGCACAGGCACUGAGGACCACUCUCACCCCUCAGCAGGCCCAGGCACGGGGGAUCACUCUCACCACUGAGCAGGAACAGGCACUGGGGAUCACUAUCAUUCCUGAGCAUGCCCAGGACAAGGGGAUCACUCUCACCCCUCAGCAGGCCCAGGCAUUGGGGAUCACUAUUGCCCCUGAGCAAGCCCAGGCCCAGAGGAUCACUCUCACCCCUGAGCAGGCCCAGAUACUGGGGAUCACUCUCACCCCUGAGCUGACCCAGGCCAAGGGGAUCACUCUCACCCCUGAAUGGGCCCAGGCACUGGGGAUCACUCUCACCACUGAGCAGGCCCAGGUCAAGAGGAUCACCUUCACCCCAGAGCAGGCCCGGACACUGGGGAUUACUCUAGUCCCUGAACAGACCCAGGCCAAGGGGAUCACUCUUGACCCUGAGCAGGUCCAGGCCAAGGGGAUCACCCUCACCUCUGAGCAGGCCCAGGUACUGGGGAUUACUCUCACCCCUCACCAGGCCCAGGCACUGGGAAUCACUCUCAUCCCUGAGCAGGCCCAGGCCAAGGGGAUCACACUCACCCCUGAGCAGGCCCAGGGCCAGGCCCAGGGAAUCCCUCUCACCCCUCAGCAGGCCCAGGAAAUGGGGAUCACUCACACACUUGAGCAGGCCCAGCCAUUGGGGAUCACUACAGCCCCUGAGAAGGGCCAGGACGAGGGGAUCACUCUCACCCCUCAGCAGGCCCAGGAACUGGGGAUCACUCUCACUCCUGAGCAGUCCCAGGCACGGGGGAUCACCCUCACUCCUGAGCAGGCCCAAGUACUGGGGAUCACUAUCACACCUGAGUAUGCUCAGGCCAAGGGGAUCACUCUCACCCCUCAGCAGGUCCAGGCACAGGGAACCACUCUUACUCCUCAGCAGGCCCAGACACUGGGGAUCACUCUCUCUCCUGAGCUGAUUCAGGCCAAGGAGAUCACUCUCACCCCUGAGCAGGCCCAGGUACUGGGGAUCACUCUCACCACUGAACAGGCACAGGCCAAGGGGAUCACCCUCACGCCUGAGCAAGCCCAGGCCAAGGAGAUCACUCUCACCCCUGAGCAGGCCCAGACAUUGGGGAUCACUCUCUCUCCUGAGCAUGCCCAGGCCAAGGGGCUCACCCUCACCCCUGAGCAGGCCCAGGCACUGGGGUUCACUCUCACCCCUGAGCAGGCCCAGGCCAAGGGGAUCACUCUCACCCCUGAGCAGGCCCAGGCCAAGGAGAUGACCCUCACCCCUGAGCAGGCCCAGAAACUGGGGAUUACUCUAGCCCCUGAAGAGGUCCAGGCACUGGGGAUCACUAUCACCCCAGAGCAAGCCCAGGCACUGGGGAUCACUCUCACCCCUCAGCAAGCCCAGGCACUGGGGAUCACUAUCACCCCAGAGCAAGCCCAGGCCAAGGGGAUCACCCUGACCCCUGAGCAUGCAAAGGUACUGGGGUUCACUCUCACCCCUGAGCAGGUCCAGGCCAAGGGGAUCACUCUCACCUCUGAGCAGGCCCAGGAACUGGGGAUCACUAUCACCCCUGAGCAGGCCCAGGCCAAGGGGAUCACCUUGACCCCUGAGCAUGCAAAGGUACUGGGAUUCACUCUCACCCCUGAGCAGGUCCAGGCCAAAGGGAUCACUCUCACCCCUCAGCAGCCCCAGGCACUGGGGAUCACUAUAGCCCCUGAGCAGGCCCAGGCCCAGGGGAUCACUCUCACUCCUCAGCAGGUCCAGACACUGGGGAUCACUCUCACCCCUGAGCAGGCCCAGGCACUGGGGAUCACUCUCACCCCUGAGCAGGCCCAGGCACUGGGGAUUACUCUCACCCCUGAGCAGGCCCAGUCCAAGAGGAUCACCCUCACCCCUGAGCAGGCCCAGGCACUGGGGAUCACUCUCACGCCUCAGCAGGCCCAGGCACAGAGGAUCACUCUUACCCCUGAGCAGGCCCAGGCCCAGGGGAUCACUCUCACCCCUCAGCAGGCCCAGGCUCAGGGGAUCACUCUCACCCCUCAGCAGGCCCAGGCCCAGGGGAUCACUCUCACCCCUCAGCAGGCCCAGGCCCAGGGGAUCACUCUCACCCCUCAGCAGGCACAGACACUGGGAAUCACUCUCACCCCUCAGGAGGCACAGGUACAAGGGAUCACUCUCACCCCUCAGCAGGCCCAGGCCCAGGGGAUCACUCUCACCCCUCAGCAGGCCCAGGCCAAGGGGAUCACUCUCACCCCUCAGCAGGGAAUCACUCUCAGCCCUCAGCAGGCCCAGGACUUGGGGUUCACUCUUACCCCUGAGGAGGCUCAGGCACAGGGGGUCACUCUCACCCCUCAGCAGGCCCAAGACUUGGGGUUCACUCCCACCCCUCAGCAACCGCUGGCACAGAGGAUCACUCUCACCCCUCAGCAAGCCCCAGAUCUGGGUAUCCGUCUCACCCCUCAAAAGACACAGGACCUGGGGAUUACUCUUACCCCUCAGCAGGCCCAGGCACAGAGGGUCCCUCUCACUCCACAGCAGGCACAGGACCUGGGGAUUAGUUUUAACCUUCAGCAGGCCCAUGCUCAAGCUGUCACUCUUUCCCCUCAAUCAGCCCAGGUAUUUGGUGCCACUCUCACUCCUGAGCAGGUUCAGGCAUUGCUGCCCCCUCUCCCUUCUGGUCAGGCAGUAGGUAUCAGCCAUACCCCCAAGAUAGCACAGGCAUUAGAAGUCCCUCUUACUGAAGAACAGGCCAGAAAAUUGAGGGUUUCUAUCACUCCAGAAAAGUUUCAAGGGGCAUCAAACAUUAUUAGCCUGGAGCAGUUCCAUGCAUUGAGGGUCACUCCCUCCUUCCAGCAGGCCCAGGCACUUGGCACUCCUCUCACCCUGGAAAAGCUUUCCACAUUGGCUCCUUCCACUCUUAGACCAUUUCAUGAAUUGAAGACUUCUUUCCCCACUAAACAAUCCAUUCCAUCAAGACUAUCUCCAAGCCCUGGUAGUCCUAGGAAAGGCCAAGGAAUGCAUAUUCCUUCUGGCCCAGGAAAGCUCUUGGCACCACAAAUCUUUCCUACCUCUAGACAGAUUCUGGUAGGUAAAGGUCAAUUCAUUCCUGCACAGUCUGUAGCACCAGAGAUCUCUCCCAAUCUUGGGCAACUCCCAAUAUCUUGGGUCCCUCCCAUUCCAGGACAGCCCCUUGAACAGGAGGCCCUUAGUUCUAGGCAGUUCUUCAUAUCUAGGGGCCUUCUGACUCCCCAGCCACCUCUGAUAUUGCAGACCCCUGUCACUCCCAGGCAACCUCUUAUAUCAAGAUUCCCAUCCACCUUUGGACAGAUCCCCAAACUCUGGGAUCCUCUGUCUCCUGGAAAGCCCUUGGUUCCUGAAGCCUCUUCCAUCCCCAGGGAGCUUCAGGAAUCUGGACCCAGCUUUUUGGAGCAGCCCCAGGCACUCAGGCCUUCUGCCACCCCUGAGCCCUCUCCCUAUCUGCAGACUUCUUCUCUCUUUGGGCAGCAACUGGCACCAUGGAUUAUUCCCAGACAAGUUUCACCACUAUCGGUCCCUUCCACUCCCAGACAUCCUUCCACAUUCUGGCCUCCCAUAGCCCCUGAAAAGCCCCAGGGAGUUUUGUCCUCUUCUGUUGCUCAGAAAAGAUCAGCAAUUAUUUCUUCUUUGAAAUCUAAACCAGCUUUGGUUCAUCCAAGUGCUCCAGAUUCUAAGGUAUCUCAAGCUCCUUUCACCACUAAGAAGGCCCAAAUAUCAGAGGUCUCUGACACUUCUGAAGAAACCAAGAUGCUCCAAGAUACUUCUGCCAUGGGACCAUUUGAAACCUUUCAGUCCCAUCUCACCAAUUAUAGGAUACCAAUAUUGCAAACCCCUCACAUUGAUGGGCAGGCCCUUCCACCUCUCAUGAAACCUCAAAUGUCACUACCUUCUCUAAUAACUCAACUACCCAAAAUAUCACAGAUCUUACCUGCUCAAUGGGACCAGAAAUCUCGAUUCCCUCCUAUAGACAAGCCCUGGAUUCUGCCUUCAGUUUUAGGCAUCAAGAAACCAAAGGUGACAGAGCCCCCUUCCUCUCCCCAAGAGCUUGAAGAAAAGAGAUAUUUUGUUGAUGUAGAGGCUCAGAGGAAGAAUCUCAUACUAUUAAAUCAGGCCACAAAAACUUCUGGACUCCCUUCGCAGCAACAUACAACGGCUAGGAAUCUCAUAAUUGAGACACUUCAUAUGAACAAUAUUCGGCUGGGAUACCUGUUCCGCAAGUACAUUGCCUAUAGCCUGAUCCAGCAUGCCAGGCCCAAGGCGUGGGAGAUGGAAGGCUACAAAGAUGGAGAAGCCCUCCAAGAGAAGUAUAAAUUGAAUCUUAGUCUCCCUAUCCACUUGAUCAUUGACAAAAAUCAAAUACCUACAUCUACUGAAUUUAGCCAACAGCCAUUCCUAGAGUUACUAUUUGAAGAGGAAAAAAAGUCUGACGCUUUCAAGAAAUUUAGACAAGAAGAUUGGAUGAAAGCCAUGUGGCAUGCUGAUCUGUCUACAUCAAGCUACCCAAUAACAGAAAAGAUGUCAAUACAUUCACUGUGGGCCCAACUGGGUGGGUACCCAGAUAUUCCUAGAUUGCUACAGUUAGAUAUUCAGUCUACCUUCAGAAAAUCUCUCGCAUCCAUUCAAUCACAGUAA